UGAAAAUUGUACGGUUUCGUUACUGUGUUUGGAUUAGAGUUCUUUGAAAUUUGUAAAAAAAUGUGGUUUAAAAGUUUAGUUGAAGUUUUGUGUUGAUUAUAAAGCAGUUUUGUUAAAAUAAGAAUGGAAUUUACGGAUUCGUUGAUUGCGAGGCUAGUGUUGGGCUACCUCAAGAAUGAAAAAUGUAAAUCGGCUGUAAACGAAUUUAUAAAUCACUCGCCUCACUUUAAAAAUGAAGUUAAAAGUGGAAAAAUUAAAUAUAUGUCAACAAGAGUUUCUGGUUUAUCAUUGACUGAGUACUUGCAUGAAUAUGCACAAAUAUACUCGGUUGUUCAGGGAAGAUUGGAGGCUACAGCUUAUUUUCUUGAACAUUAUUCCAAAGCAACUCUUAUAGAACAGUUGUUGUAUCUUCUGGAUAAAAUCCAUUGCAGUAGAAGUUCUACACCUUCCGCUAGAACUCCUGAUGUUUACCAAAGUACCCCAAUAGAACUCAGCAGUGAUGUUGAAGCUACACCAGCUCACUCAUUGCCUGGUAAUGUUGAAUAUCAGUUUGAUGAAUAUUCCAGGGGGACACCUUGGAAGAGAAAGGAGUCUAAAUUAAAUAAAUCGGAAAGCUCUAAUCCAGGGGAAAACAAUGAUCAGCUUGAAGUAUUUACAAAAACAUUAAUAGAGAGUAAGGAGUUUACAGAAAAGUUAGCCCAAACAAUAAAUAUUGUUAGAAACACUCCUGAAGCAAAUAAGAAAUCUGAGGAAGUUAUAAAAGCAGGAGCCACUGCUGAGUUGAAUGCUAUCAUAAAAACAGUGGUAAAAAGCACUGAGGAAGAUCCAAUUUUUGAAAGGAUUCUUGAUGAAAUUAUUGGAUCUACACAUCUAGACAAUGAAAGCAAUGCCAAAGAAAGCAAAUCCAAUCAAAACUUCUUGGAGGAACAAAACAAUGAGGCAAUACAAUCGAUCAUUGUGGCCUCAAACACUAAAGAAAGUCAAACCACAGAAACAAACAAUGAGGUUAUUGUAUUUGAUGGAUCUUUUGAUAAUUUCCUUAAAACCUCCACUCAGUCACCAAACAUUGUCGCUUCAACUGCAGCACAUGUGCAGCAGAACACAAUUCUGCAAAAUCCUGGUUAUCUUUUGUUUCCAAACCAGCAGAAUGUUGUGAAGUAUGAUCCCACAAAACAAAUAUAUCUGCUUAAUACUAAUCAGCAAUUGGUUAACGUAAAAAUACCUCAAAUACCUCAAAUUAAACCUGUCGGAAGUGGGUUAAGCGAGCAGGAAAUUAUGGCUAUGCCCACUGUCAUUGUUAACGAUGAUCAAAAUAGUAAUACAUCACAGAAAUCUAUAAAACUCAUUCAAACUCAAUAUCAGCCAAUGCAAAUCAACCAACCCCAACCACCGACUGACGAUCUACACGCCAACUUGAAUGAAUACAUAAGACUGUACAAAUCGGAGGAGGGGGCGCCACCAGCGAAAAAAGUAAGAACUUUGCUACCUAGAAGAUCGAAAAAUAAAAAUGCUAAAACCCAACCUGCCCCAAGUACCUCGAAUGUUGUAAUAGGACCCCCACCAACUGAAUCUGUUACAGUUGCUGAUAAAACUGCAAAAGUCGAAUGUGCUCCAAGUAACCCGACUGAACCUGAAGGUGUUACUGAAACUUUAGUUAAGUCUUUGCCUGACAUGCAAAGUUUGGAUGUCAGUGUUGUACCUGAACCUGAACCCGAACCAAUUAAAACAGCUGAGGUGAAAAAUGUAACGCCCGUACAAACGAUGGUGGUUAAAAAGGCCACCCCAAAAAGCGGUUCGCAUGUAAGAAACCUAAAUUUUACUACACCGCCGAAAGUAACGUCGACGGGCAAGAAAAAAGUACAAGGAAAAAAAGACAAAUCGCCCACUUUUAUACAUAAAAAGCAAGCUGCCAAAUCUCUGUUCAAAAGUGAAGAUAAUAAACCGCCCAAAAAGGUUAUCGAAAAGAGGGAUUUAAAAAAUGAGUGGGACACUCAGUUGAGGGCUUUAGCUGCCAUAAAUGAAGAAGAUAAGUCAGCUACUCCAAAAAGAAAACCAAAGACUUCAGGGGCGCCAAAAAGAAAAGCCAGGAAAGCUGACAGUAAACUAAAUGCGACUGCACAAGCAGCUAUGCUACUGGAGGCAGCACUAAAAACUCCAAUUAAAAAGGAUGUUAAUGCUCAAGUACCUGAAAAACAAACGGAAGAUAAGCAGGAUGAAAGUGCUGUCAAAGUGGAAAAAGUAGAGAUAGAAACAAAGAAGUGCCUAAAUGUAAAACCGGCAAUAAAAAUCGAAACGGUUGAAGACCCAACCGUUAAGACAAUCCUAUCUCCAUCUAAACUAAAUGCGAAUAAAAGAAACCUGGUUAAAUUAAACGAUGUAACCACCUCAACUGUUCCGACCGCUCUUAAAGUAGAAGAUCCCGGUACGCUGAUAACACCGGAAACGUCAAAACUCCCGGUUUGUUACGCGAUGAAAGCAAACCGGAACAUAACCCCAAUGUUGGAGACGCCGUUAAAAAUCGAUUUCAUACAUAAAACGCCAGGUUUAAGAACGCCCGUUACAGGCUUUACGCCGUUCAAUAAGGUUUUAGACGACCAGUUGCAAGGUAUCGAUAUCAAUUCCAUCGAAACGCCCAAUUUGCCGAUAACGCCCAACUUUCCGCCUUUCACUCCGUCUGCCGAUUUGAUGACGCCCUACGCCAAUCGCCCCACGGAUUAUUCGGGUUCGAGUUCCUACUAUCAGCCGUCGGAUAACGAACAAAACAGAUCUAUAGAGCAUCUGCUGGAGGAAUAUAAUAAACCCAAGAAAGAUGAGGUGUCUAAAACGCAAAUAAAAAUAUUACACGAUGUCGUUUUAAAAACCAAUAAUGUGAAAGAAUCACCGCCGAGUAUGCAAGAACAUGUCAGUAUUUUUAAUAGGAACGUUAUUGGGAAAAAGAAUUUGAAUCUUGUAAAGAAGAGUAUGAAACAGGAAUCGAGUUCCGAUUCAUCAUCUUCAUCGAGUAGUGAAGAUGAAGAAGAGCAAGGCCACCCUUGGACAGAAAACACAAACCAAACUAUAAUAUGCAAAAAUAACGAACCUUCCCCAAAACCAGCACCUGUAAGGCCUUACUCACUCAGAACGCGCUCUAAGAGCACUGCAGUUGAAACCCCUGAAGUACCAGUUGAAACACCUUGUCCACCUAAAAAAGCCCCGACAAAAAAAGACGCUACAAUGGCCGAAAAAACCACGGAGAUCAACAUCAUAUUAAAUACAGUCGAACAAUUGACAACUUUGGAAAAGAAAAGCCCUAUAAAAAUUUUGUUAGCACAAGAGAAAAUCCUUCAGGAGUUGAAAGCUAAGAGGGAACGCGUUAUAUUAAAGUUCAAAGGUAACGAACCCAAACCGUCAGAAUCUGUCGUCGAUAAACCUAAACCUAAAUCUCGUCAACGAAUCAAACCUCAACCCAACCUAAAAGCGGCAUAUGCACGAAAAAAUCGUAGAAAACCUGAGACGCCCAAAAAAGCAGUGCUGAGAGCGCGAAGUUCCAGUUCGGAGAAAAACACUUCCAAAAAUAAAUCGAGUGAUAAAAGUUUUACGAACGAUUUUUUAUUGACUUCCGAUGAUGAGGAGGAAAAACCCGUAAAAAUGGAAACUAGAAGUAAAAAGUCGCAAAUUGCAAAUUCCAAAAAUAAAGUUUCCAAAAUCGAUAAGCACGAAACAGCUUCGGACGUUGAAGCUGAGAAGCUGGUUACUGGUUUAAAGCAACGAGGAAUACAUUUGAUGUACAAUAAAACGCCGAAAAGUAAUAAUCAGGUUUGUAAAACUAAUAAAUCAAGUGAUGUUGAUAAGACAAUUGAGACUUUACUAAAGAAUGAAACGGAGAAAAUAUUAAAAGAAACUAAAAAGGAGGAAAAAAUUUCAAAAUCAGCCGAUGACAAAUCCAAAAAGAGCCUUGUUGAUAAAAAUGAUAAAUCAAAAAAGGUAUUGAAAACAUCCCCAGAAGAUGAAAAAAUAUCCACAAAAGUUGGUAAAUCUUCAAAAAACGAGAAUACAUCCCCAAAAUUUGAAAAAUCUACUCCAAAAGACGUAAAAACAUCCAUAAAAGAAGAAAAAUCUUUAAAAGACGAAAAGGAUGAAAGAACUCCUCAAAAGGACAUUAAAACGCCACCAAAAAAUGUUAAAUCACCUGAAAGAAUUUACCGAUUUUUGGAAGAAUUCAGCACAGCUACAUUCGAGGAUGACAUUUGUUUUAAGUUUGACGAAUCAGCGCCACCCUUGCUUAAAACGUACGAUUUAAGCGUUCUUAGAGAUAUGAAGGCCAAGGUAUUCUUUGACGAUAUGGAUUUAGAUUUACCGGUAAAAAUAUCGGUAUCUCCUUUAGAACAAAUUCUUGACAUACCGUCUACGGUAAACGUUUUGAUACCGAAGAAGUUCAAGGAGCUGAAUAAAAGCCGCCUUGAUAAGAAAGACGUUACUGAUUCGGUCGUAAGUAAUGAUGACGAGAAGAAUGGCAAAGUGACAGAUGAAAUUGCAAUUGAUGAUUUGUCUAAAUCGUCAAAAAUUGACGAUGACCUCAUGAAUUAUGCCUUAGUUGGAUCGGGCGAACCGUCUACAGAUGACUCCAAUAUGUCGCCUAAAGGAUCAAGAAAAAGGAAAAUAAAGGUUCAAGAGAAUCUUCAAGUUGAAAAGAAAAGCAAAACUUGUGAGAACAUUCUAAAAACCUUGGAUGUAGAUAUUUUCCUGAAUAAGUUGCAUGGGCAAAACUGAUAUUUUAGAAUUGUAAAAUAUGUAAAGAAUUUUUAAAUUUUUAUUAACCAAGAGUAAUUAUUAUAGUUCUUUGUUAUAUUCCCCCCAAUGUUAUUUAUUUUGUACUAUAAAGUAAAUUUUUA